UUUGCACAACACUCUAUUCCUCAGCAUGUCAAUGAGGGAACCGAACAGUCAGUGUAUUGCUAUUGUGUCUAUAUAUGGAAUUGGAAAAAAAAACUGAAUGAAAAUCCUAUCUUGCAACGCAUUCUUGCGAUAUAAAUAGUCUCACUUACUUACAACGGAGGAUUGUUCUCUGUUACUGUGUUCUGGGGAGCUGUCAAUGUCUGCUGCUUGUAACCAACCCGGACUUGAGGCAGCACAAGACUAAAUGCCUGGUACAUCUCCUCUCCCCUGGCCUGUGAGGAUGACAUGACAAGCUGAUGAGGUGUGGGACUGUUUCUCAUGGUGUAUGAUGGAGCUGAAAGUAUGGGUAGAUGGAGCCCAGCGGAUUGUUUGUGGGGUGACAGAAGCUACAACAUGUCAGGAGGUUGUCAUUGCUCUUGCUCAAGCCAUAGGACGGACUGGCCGCUAUACCCUGGUGGAGAAGUGGCGGGAAACAGAGCGACAUCUCGCACCUAAUGAGAAUCCUUUAGCUGCCUUGAAUAAAUGGGGACAAUAUGCCUGCGAUGUGCAGUUAAUCCUACAUCGCACCGGACCCUCUCUCAGUGAGCGUCCCAACUCAGACAGUAUCGCCCGCGUGCCUGAGAGAACUUUAUACAGACAGAGCCUCCCACCCCUGGCUAAACUAAGGCCCCCCAACGACAGAUCUUUACGAAGGAAAGAACCCAAGAGGAAAUCAUUGACCUUUACAGCUGGACCCAAAGGCUUGAUAGACAUCUUCGGCAAGGGUAAGGAAUCGGAGAUCAAGCACAGAGUCCAGAACUCCCAAAACACAGUCGAGGAAUUCAGGAAGUUGGUUCACUUACAGAAGGACAGACUUCAGUCACUCGAAAGCCAACUGGAGUCCAAUAAAAGCGAGACCAAAUAUUGGGAGGGCAGGACCCGCUUGAAUGUGGAGGAUGAUGUGGUGAGAUUGGAGCAAGUGAUCAAGAAAAACAGGGUCGAGAUCCAGGAGGAAGAGUUCUGGGAUAACGAGCGGCAAAUCGAAGAGGAGAACGAGAAGCAGUUGAAGGACCAGCUGGAGGAGGUGGUGGAGAGGACUCGGGAAUGUGAGGAUAAGCUGAAGGAAUACUCGGCUAAAAUCCAGAGGAUCCAGAACGGCAUUGAAUCCGAGAAGCUUCGGCAAGAGCUACAGGAAUCUCAGCUCAAUGAGGAAGAGGUGAAAGGGAACAUUGUUAAAAUCAAGGGAGAGAUUGAGAUCAAUUGUCAACACACGACACGUCUGGAGAAUAGCCUUAAGGCUGUAGAGAGGACGUUGGGACAAGUCAAUAAGAAGUUCCAGGAGAAAGAAAUGGAACUGGAGCUGCUCACAAAGGAACUGAGGCAAGUUAAUCUGCAGCAAUUCAUCCAACAGACGGGAACAAAAGUCACAGUGCUGCCUGCUGAACCUAUGGAUGAAGAACAUUCGCAGCAACACAAGAAAGAGCCACCUAUCCUGACGGGCUCGUUGAGACGUCCUAACUCAUCACGACAACUGCCCAGUAAUCUGCGGAUUCUUCAGAACCCCCUCACGUCAGGGUUUAACCCAGAGGGUAUCUAUGUAUGACCACAUACCUCUAUUUGCAAGAAGCCGUCUAUCUGAACGGCGUCAUUAUACUCUACUUCCAGCUGUCUUCAUCACCGCAAAAGAAUCUAUUAGCGACAGUACCAGCCCCGGCUUUAUCUUUGUUGAUUACCUGCUAUCUGCAGUGCUGAUCCAUGCUAUUGAGCCAUCGAACUGCCAAUUCACUGCCGCUGGAGAACAGAUCAGCCAUAAGCCAAACCAUUAUUGACUGGGCAAAACAGCGGCAUGAAGGCUUCUCAAACCUUCUCCACUCAUCACCGUCAGCCACGAACUGUCACUGAAGUAAUUUGCGAAUGUAGAUGCCAAUAAAGAUGAAUACUGCGUAUUCAGUUUAUAUCCAA